AUGGCUGAAGAACAAAACGGUUCCGCGGCUUUCCCCGUCGCCGACAGCGCUCUUUCCCAGGAGAUCCUCGACAUCGUCCAACAAGCUUCGCACUUUCGCCAACUUAAGAAAGGAGCAAAUGAAGCAACAAAGACACUGAACCGUGGUAUCUCCGAAAUCAUCAUCCUCGCGGCUGAUACAGCUCCAUUGGCCAUUCUUCUCCACCUUCCCCUACUCUGCGAAGACAAGAAUGUUGCAUAUGUCUACGUUCCAUCGAAGACCGCAUUAGGUCGUGCAUGUGGUGUCAGCAGGGCUGUGAUUGCGGCUAGCAUUACCACCAACGAGGCAUCAGAUCUGAUGAACCAGAUCCGGACCCUCAAGGACAAGGUCGAGAGACUCAUGAUCUAA